AUGAAGAGGAAUGUUACGAAAUUUGUAUCCAAGAGUUUAACUUGCCAGCAAGUUAAAGCUGAGCAUCAGGUUCCAUCAGGACUAUUGCAACAAAUGUCUAUUCCUCAAUGGACAUGGGAGAAUAUGAAGAUGGAUUUUGUGACGGGGUUGUCAUUGACUCUGAACAAAAGAGAUUUGGGAUCUUGGGAAAAGUACUUGCCACUUGCCAAAUUUGCUUACAAUAAUAGCUACCAUUCAAGUAUCCAGAUGGCUCCCUAUGAGGCUUUAUAUGGGAGAAAGUGUCGUAUGCCCUUGAAUUGGUACAAGCUGAAAGAUCGAGAAGUUUUUGGUCAUGAGUUGAUUCAGGAGGUGGAAGAGAAAGUUCAAGUGGUUCAAAAUAAUCUUAAAGCAGCACCGGAUAGACAUAAAUCAUAUGUUGAUCUUAAAAAGAAAUAG